AUGGGAGAGUUAGCUCCGGACCAGUCGACCGUCCUAGAGACCUUCAGGAGUUGCUGUGCUGCAGAAGGCCUGUUGGGGCGUCGGGAGGGGUUACAAGCUGGAGAUGUUGUUGAUGGGAUCAACGACAACACUACUCUUUUACGAUAUUUGGGGGCUCGUCGCAUGGAUCCAAAAGCGGCUCUGAAGCAAUUGCAAGAGGCAACCCAGUUUCAGGCCGACAGACAGGUUCUUCGUCUGUAUGAUCUGAUCUCCGUAGAGCAUUAUGAGGAGACGCGAAAGCUGUAUCCUCACUGGACGGGCCGACGGGACCGCCGAGGGCGACCUAUCCUGGUGCUCGAUCUUGCUCAUUUGAACGCAUCCACUAUGGCAGCCUGGAGAAAGACGCGCGACAUUUCAAGGAACACUGAAUUAACUGCAUCGGGUACUAUAAUUCCGGAUAUGGAACAACGCGCAGCAAUCUAUUUUGACAGCAUUACUCGAUUCGUGCUCCCGCUUUGCUCGGCCAUGAGCGACCGUCCCGACCCGACCNCCCCCAUCGACAAAUCCAUGUACAUCGUCGAUGCCUCCGCCCUAUCUCUGAAGCAAGCCUGGGAUUUGCGGGAAUUUGCACGCGAUAUCAGCUGGAUCCUCUCGACCUGCUAUCCGGAGACUAUUGAUCGAAUCAUUUUGGGCAAUGCGCCCUUCUACUUCGCCAAGAUAUGGGCUUUUAUGAAGAACUUUGUCGACCCCAUAACGGCUGACAAGCUGGUGAUCACCAGGCCCGCGGAUGCAUACGCGACCAUGGCGGAACACAUGGACCACAAGGACAUUCCAAGCCAGUUCGGAGGAGGUUUCCAGUUCACCAAUGGGAUGCUGCCGGACCUGGAUGAGGGGAUUCAGCAGGCUCUACAAUGGACCAGCUCCAGUAAGGAGGCACUCCCGCAAGGGCCACUCAAGUGGACCGAAGACGAGAAUGGACAGCGAAGGGCCGUGGCAACAGGAAGUAUUGAUGGCCGGCAAAGAAGUGAGGAAGUUGCAAUCCUCCCAGUCAACCCCACCACUUUACCUUCCGAACUGCCGAAUUGA